CAUAAUUAGUUGAAAUUCUUUAAUCUUUCUCAGUCUCUUUCUUCCCUCGUCCCCACCACUUUCUAAACCCUAAUUCCCCCAAAACCCUAGCUUCCUUCCAUCUCCAUCUUCAAGCUUCGACCAUGGAGGAAGAAGAAGGGAACCGGCCUCAGCAGAAGACGCAGAGGAAGCACAAGGGGAAGCACGACAAGCCGAAGCCAUGGGACGACGAUCCCAACAUCGACCAUUGGAAGGUGGAGAAGUUCGAUCCAACUUGGAAUGAAGGAGGAAUGCUCGAAGUCAGCACUUUCUCCACCCUCUUUCCUCAGUACAGAGAAAAAUACUUGCAAGAGGCUUGGCCGAUUGUUAAACGGGCACUAAAAGAGUUUGCCAUUAAAUGUGAGCUCAAUUUGGUUGAGGGAUCAAUGACCGUUUCAACUACUAGGAAGACUAGAGACCCAUAUAUUAUCGUCAAAGCAAGGGACCUCAUAAAACUUUUGUCACGGAGUGUCCCUGCGCCUCAGGCAAUCAAGAUACUGAAUGAUGAGAUGCAAUGUGACAUUAUAAAGAUCGGUAGCCUCAUACGUAACAAGGAACGAUUUGUCAAGAGGAGACAGCAUCUUUUGGGCCCUAAUUUAUCUACUCUGAAGGCCAUUGAAAUAUUGACGGGUUGCUAUGUGUUAGUUCAGGGAAACACUGUUGCUGCGAUGGGUUCAUUUAAGGGUCUAAAGCAAGUUAGGAGGAUUGUAGAAGACUGCAUCCAGAAUGUGCUACAUCCCGUGUACCACAUCAAGACUCUUCUAAUGAAGCGAGAACUUGCGAAAAAUCCAGCACUUGCUAACGAGAGCUGGGAUAGAUACCUUCCUAAGUUCAAAAAGAAGAACGUCAAGCAAAGGAAAGUUAAGACCAAGGAGAAGAAGCCUUAUACACCUUUCCCUCCUCCUCAACCACCUAGCAAGAUUGAUCUUCAAUUGGAAAGUGGUGAGUAUUUCUUAAGUGACAAAAAGAAGUCUGCGAGGAAGUGGGAAGAGAAGCAGGAGAAGCAGGCAGCAAGGACAGCUGAAAACAAGAGGAAGAGAGAGGCUGCAUUUGUUCCACCAAAGGAGCCUUCUGCUCAUGCAUCUGAUAGCACUAAAUCCGACAAUGUCAAGAGUGAGGUGUCUGAUGUUGCAGCGUCUUUGAAGGUAAUUAAUUUUUCUUCCUUCUUUUCUCCUCAAGUAAGCAUUACUCUGUUCAAAAUUUGUAUAUCCAACCCUCCCUCGUUUAGACAUAUUGCAGCUAUGUUAUGAACACCUGUCAGUUCA